UUCGCUAAUCUAAUCUUUGUGCCUUCCUUGCAGGUCUUUACGAUGACUUCGAAACAUUUGUAGUGUCUUGUUGUGUGUUGGUAUUCGUCAGUAAUAUAGCAGGAUCUUUCGGUUUCCUCAUAUCUGCCAUGGCAGGAACUGUGCAGACAGCCCUUGCGUUAGCACCACCAUUACUGGCUCCCCUGAUGCUGUUUGGCGGCCUUUUCCUUAACACCGGGAGUAUUCCUGACUAUUUUAUUUGGCUGAAAUACAUUUCCUGGUUCAGUUAUUCUGUAGAAGUGAUCACCGUUAACCAAUGGGAAAAUGUGCAGAACAUCACCUGUAAAAAAUACGAACCAUGCAAAUUCUCAACUGGCGAAGAUGUUAUUAAGUUUUUAAAUUUUUCCGAGGAGAAUUAUAAGUUGGAUUUCAUUAUGAUGGCUGUUCUCUUCGUUGGUUUCCGUUUGGUCGGCUAUUUCUGCCUACUGCUCCGUGCUAGAUGUUGUUCAAGAAACUCUUGUUGCUGCUAAACAACAAUUAACAUUUGGAACGGCACUCGACCUUUAGAACAGUUAAACACCAAAGAAUGAUUGAUACAAUUAUUAAACAUCAAACGUUCAUACAACAACUAAACCCAAAGUGUGGUCUCUGCUGCAAAAAUAACAAUUAUUGCUGCCAAACACCAAGUGUUUUUUUUUUUUUUGCUAAACACCAAAUAUUCGUACUGAUUUAGAGCUAAAUGUCAAUUUUAUAAAAAUAUGCCAAAUGUUUUUGGCUGCAAAACUUCAACAAUUUUCUCUUCUGACAUAAAACAACAAAAUAUCUGGCAGUGAAAUAACAGACGUUGAUAUAAUAACUAAACGAGCUGAUCAUCAUUUUAAUACAAAAUACCAAAAUGUCUUUUGCUUCCAAGACUUCAAGAAAUAUUUUUAUUACUGUUAAACAUCAAGUGUUUUUGCUGUCAAAUCCGAAAAAAUCAUUUCUUCUGCUGCGAAACGUCGAACGCUUUUGUAAUUAAACGUCAACAAGUUUGAUACUACGCGACGCGUUUCUUUGCUGAUGAACACCAAAUAUUGUUAAAACAGUUAAACAUUAACCAUUUAUUAUUUAAUAUAAACUAUUGUAAAAUCGAGUAAAUUUAUGAUUGUUUAAUAAAAUGUUCUUGUAAAAAAAAAUCGAUAUAUGUCUCUAUGUA